GUUGAAUUUUCUUUUCUCUAUGUCUCAAGGAAAAUAAAUACAUACAUUAUACAUUUUUUUGUCCUUGUCGAUCCAUUCUUCAACGCCGUGGCAAGUGAUUCUCUGAUCCACACCCCACAGCACAGAUUAGAGAGAAAUAAUUGAUAGAGAGAGACCCUUUACCAUAAACAGGGUUUCUCUCUGGAAAAAGAAUCAGAAAAACUACACACCAAUUACCCACAUUUUUCUUUUCUUUACAACUCUUUGUAAUGUUAUAUAUUAUUUUAUGGGUCUGUUAAUGUAUCGAUUUCAGUGAUUGUUUAAUGUGAAGGGGAGGUGUUUAAGAAGACAAGAAACCGAAAGUGGCCGUUCAUUUCUUUCUUUCUUUGACGUGAGCAAAUGGGCCUUGAGUCCUUUUUAUUUUUGCUCUCUUCUUCUUGAUUGUGAAGAAGCUGUAAUUGUGUGUCUCUGUGUGUGUGAGUGAGUGAAAGGGACAGAGUUUUAAGGUUUUUGUUUUGAAGAUGGAUACUAAAGGGAGGCUUGUUGCUGGUUCACACAACAGGAAUGAGUUUGUACUCAUCAAUGCUGAUGAGAUUGGAAGAGUGACUUCCGUGAAAGAGUUGAGUGGGCAGAUUUGUCAGAUUUGUGGAGAUGAGAUUGAAAUUACUGUGGAUGGGGAGCCUUUUGUUGCCUGCAAUGAAUGUGCCUUCCCUGUUUGUAGACCAUGCUACGAGUAUGAAAGAAGAGAGGGUAAUCAAGCUUGUCCUCAGUGCAAAACCAGAUACAAGCGCAUAAAAGGGAGUCCUAGAGUGGAUGGAGAUGAAGACGAGGAUGAAUUUGAUGACUUGGAGAAUGAAUUUGAUUACAAUGGCAAUGAGAGAAAUCCUCAUCAGAUUGCUGAAGCAGCAUACUCAACUCGCCCUAAUAUUGGUCGAAGUGCUUCUGGAAUUACAAAUCCAUCCGAGUUGGAUUCAGCAGCCAUUGGCUCUGAAAUCCCUCUUCUUACUUAUGGUCAAGAGGUAGAUUGAGGCUUAACUAUUUUUGAUCAUUUUUU